UACAAGAGCAAAAAUAGAAGUAAAUGCAAUUGAUUCUUAUGUUUCCUUUUUGUAAAAUUUAUUUAUCGCGUUAUCGAUUUCAGUUGGUUACUUUUGAAAUGGAAAAUUUCUGUGAAUUACUUAAGUCUCACGAAGAAACAAUCGUUCAACGAUAUAUUCAUAAAUGCGCUUAUUUUUAUGGUGGAUCUAUGAUUUGGAUUUACCUGAGUGCCGUCUUUAUUAUGUCUGGACCUCUUACGCUAGAUCAAUCAUUUCCAACAAACGCCGAAUAUCCAUUCAAUGUUGAUUAUCAACCUUUAAAAUCAAUUAUCUUUAUACAGCAAACUAUUGCUUGCAUGCAAGGUGCUGCUCAGUUAUGUAUGAAUAUUUUUAUAGCGCUUUUACUAUGGUUUACAUCGGCAAGAUUUGAAAUAUUAAUCGAAAAAUUUCGAGAAAUCACAAACAUUUAUGAAUUGAAGAUAUAUAUCCAGGAACAUCAGAAUCUGCUAAAGUAUACAGAAGAAGUAAUUAUCUUAGCUCGCCCCUUUGCAUUGUCAACUAUAUAUUUUAGUACUAUCGCAUUAAUAAUAGUGGGUCUUAUUUUGAUUACUGAUCAACCAUUGUCAAUGAAAAUCCAAUGUAUUGGCAUAAUUUUUAGUGGAUUGUCAGUGGUAUUUAUGUUUACGUGGCCAGCAGAACAUUUGAUUCAUAUAAGUAAUGAGAUUGGACAGGCAGUUUUUGAUACGCAAUGGUACGAACAAUCGAUCGGUCUACGAAAGGAUUUACAAAUAAUUAUGUUAAGAGCUCAAAAACCAGUAAUUAUCUCAGUACCAUGUCUCAUGCCCGCAUUAUCUUUGAGAUAUUAUGCAUCGGUAAGAAAUUAAGAUUAAAUAUAUUGUGACAUUGUACAUGCACACGAAAGAAA